UAUUUUUAACAUGGCAGCUACGUGUUCUUAAUAGGGUCAAACAGAUGAUUGCAGCGUGGGCCCGAGGAGUCGAGCUGGUUGAAUGGGAACACAGUUGCCAAGCCCUGCUCGGAUUAUUGUUUGAGAACCGUUCUCUUCUGGACCAGAAAGGUGUGCCGCACAAUAUACCUCUUCGACAGGGCGACCCCCAUCAAUCCAUCGCCACACUAUUUAAAGGGAGAGAAUUAGCAAGACAGGGGACAACAUUUGGUGGAGCGCGAAGCUGAACCCAAGGCAUAGCAGUGGGCCAGCUGAUCAAGGGACAUUACUAAUGGACAUUUCGACUGUUUAAAACUCUAGUAGCAGUCCCUGUCACUAGCUAUCGGAUACCAAGUGAUGGAACGAAUUUUAGGGUGGCGAUGUUCUAUUCUUCUCAUUUGGGUUGUAAGCACACUGGCUACACACAACAAAUGGUGGGCCUGUAACAACGAAUGUGCUCGCUGUGUCAGGAGGGUGACGCCCAUGGAGGAGCUUAUUGUUCAGUUUUACCCGGGACUCUUCAGCGAGACGCCACCAGAAAAUAUCUACAACAGUCCUGAAACACCGGGUUCCCGUAUGUCAACAAUCAACAGUGGCAGUGCCUGGAUAUCCCAUCGGACAUUGGAUGGAAGUUUCAACAGGAGUGUCAGCCACGGUCAAUGGGACGCCAAAAACAAUGCUAGCUUGGCCAAUGCUCCAUACUCCCAGCGUGUCACCUCACACCCCUCUGUGCCUGAAUGUUGCAAAACAAACGUCGCCUACGAUACACCACCAACUGUGACUAUCAGAGGGCGUAUCUACCAAGUUGUCCAUUUACUACACGCCUAUCAGUUUAUUCCCAUUGGAAGAUGCGCCACUCCAGGUGCCAAGUGUCCUUACGGUGAAUGCGUAGAGCAGUAUCGGGCCCACUGGGUCCUUAUUUACAAUAGCAGCACACCAGCAGUUGGACCACCUGUCAGUUUCUCAGCCAUUGAAGUGCCAUCCCAUUGUGAAUGUAUAAAUGUAGGAAGACCUUGAGCCGAUUAUAAACUAGGCAUAAACAAAUACAAUUUAAUGGUAAUCAGACAGAUUAUACACGGAUUUACUUAUUGUCAAAACAUUUGAGAAGCCUUGACAAACAUUUUUCAACUUGUUUCAUUAAAGAAAAAGUUUAAAAAUAAAAUUCACCAAACACGACUGCACAAAUUUUGAAACAAAGAAAAUGAAGCUUAGUACAAUGCAAGCUUUAGUUUAAUUCACAAACAAAUGGUAAUUUUAAUGAACGAUAUUUAAUUAUUUUUGCAAUGACCCACAUAUUUAAAACACCAUUUUCAUGCCAAUGAUGACAACAUAUCUAACAUUUGAACAUACUGUAUAUUUAUGUUUGCCAAGAAUUGAUUUAUUUACAUAAUGUGCAUUAUACGAUAUACUUUCAUGUGUAUUACAUGUAUUAUGCAUCAGCUGUUAAAAAAGGCAUAUAUAAAGAGAUACAGUGUCAGAAAAGGGGGCACAGUAAUGAAAUAAACCUGCUUUGUGUAGUAAAGGUUUUGCUCACUAAAACGUUCAAGAGAUUUUAUGAGCUACCAAUGCUUUUACUAAAGAAACAGAUACUACAUGGAGGACAGACAAACAUGGUGAUCUAAAUAAAAGGCUAUAAAACAUGUCAACAUUAUAAGAUUAUUGUGUAGACUGAUUUAUUCAUCUUACCGCAUACAUAUUAUUUAGCAUGUUAACUAUUCUCAGCAAAGAAAUUGUUAGCAAAUGAAUAGUCAUUCUACAGUAUGACCGCACUGGGUGAGACCAUCCAAGGGGGUGACACCAAAACAAAAUCUAGCUAAUUUAUAUGAGAAAGUCUGCUUUCCUCUGUUUGUACAAUAACAUCAACAUUAUAUACAUCACAAGACACAGGGUGACGCCAAUGUUUUUAGUAAAUGUUAUAUAUAUAUAUAUAUAUAUAUAUAUAUAUAUAUAUAUAUAUAUAUAUAUAUAUAUAUAUAUAUAUAUAUAUAAGCAGAUGGGGUGCGAUCCUGUUUACGGCAUCGUGUAUGCCUUGACCAGGUGAUGCCCGCCGGUCAUCUGUGUGAAAGUCAGUUAUUUUUUUUAGAUACUUUCUUUCUAAGUUGCAUGCUGUCCAUUUGCCUCAUGAGACUUGCAGCGCUUUUUAUCCAUAUUCAAACAAACUACAUCAUGAGUUGAAAGCAGUAUUAAGAUUUAUUACAUUAUGCAAUUUUGGAGUUUACAAAAAUAUUCAAUAUUAUUAUAUUGUGUUACUUUGGAGUUUUAGAAAAUAAUUAGUUCUUAAUUGCUUUUUGUCAAAACUAUUUAAUAAUUGUAACUAUUUGAUUUCAAUUUGAAAUAUGUUAUUUCAUAAAACGUCUAAUUACUAGUCAUAUAAUUGAAACACAUGUUCUUAAAAGUGAUUGACUAAAUGUUUCUUUUUAAAUCUAUUAUUGUUAAAUGAUGACUAAGAGAGGAUGCUGAAGAAACAACAACACUUUCUGAUGGAUAAUAACUUUCUGAUACAUAAUUAUAGUUUUUUUAUACAUAUUUAUAGACCUAAAUUGUGUAAAUUAAAUUAAACACUUCUGAAAUAAUA